CCACCCUGCAUGUAUGGGGCAGCCAGGAGGGGAAGGAGUGGCUGUGUACCUGUAAGGUCCUAAGGGGAGUCAUCAUGAUGUCACUCUGAUGUCAGGAAGCUUGUGCAACCUCACCAGAAGGAGGAGUGGAGGAGAAGUGAGAGGAACUAGCAGAUCAUACAGCAGUCCUCCAGCUGCCUGUGCCCCGGAGUGCAGCCACUACAAUCCCUCCUCUCACUCAGGAAUACAAGUUCUCCUUGUGCUCCGCUCCACACCUGGAGAGGAUCUCUUUCCCCUCCCAAAAAAAAAAAAAGUGACAGGAAAUGGCUCUACACAACAGGUUCCGCCCAGCUGGCACCAUCUUUACUUCUGCAUGGCUUUUGUCCAUCUUUUCCCAUUUGGCCAACGCUCAAACCACCCCACCUACCGGAUGUGGACAAGGAUUAGACCCGAUUUACUAUUACUUAUGUGACUUGUCAGCAGCAUGGGGCAUUGUCCUACAGGCCAUAACCAGUGCCGGUAUUGUGUCUUCCUUCAUCCUUGUCAUUGUCUUGGUAGCCAGCACCCCCUUCAUUCAGGACAAGAGGAAGAAGAGCAUGCUGGGAACUCAGGUGUUUUUCCUCCUUGGUACAACUGGACUAUUUUGUCUUGUGUUUGAUAUGGUGGUCCAAAAAGACUUCUCCACUUGUGCAUCUCGGAGGUUCCUCUUUGGUGUCUUCUUUGCCAUCUGCUUCUCUUGCUUGUGGGUUCAUGCAGGGAAUCUCAACUACUUGGUAAGGAAAAAUACCGGACCAAGUGGUUGGUGGAUUUUUGGUAUAGCCGUUGCCCUAUCACUGAUAGAAGUGAUUAUCAACACGGAGUGGCUGAUUAUCACUAUUGUACGGACCAGCGGCACCGUAGGACAGCCAUGCCUUAUUGCCAAUGAGGACUUUGUCAUGGCAUUGAUCUACGUCAUGUUCCUCAUCGUUGCUGGAUUUGUGACCGCUUGGCCGGCCUUGUGCGGACGAUAUGGUCACUGGAAGAAGCAUGCGGUCUUCAUUCUACUCACUCUUUUCCUCUCCGCUUGCAUUUGGAUUGUGUGGAUUGUUAUGUAUGUCUAUGGAAACGCUAUAGUUGGAAAGCCACUCUAUUGGGAUGACCCAACGUUGGCCAUUGCUCUCGUUUCAAAUGCCUGGGCCUUUUUGUUCCUCUAUAUCAUCCCCGAAAUCUCUCAGUUGACCAAGCCAAGUCUAGAACAGACAUUCGAAGAAGAGCUUUACCCUACAAGAGGAGUUGGUUACGAAACCAUCCUAAAGGAGCAAACCUCUCAGAGCAUGUACGUGGAAAACAAGGCAUUCUCCAUGGACGAGCCACAGUCCGCCAAGAGGCCCGUAUCACCAUACAGCGGAUACAAUGGACAGGUCAGGAGCAGCGUAUAUCAGCCCACCGAAAUGGCGAUAAUGAACAAAAAUACGACGGAUGUUCCAUAUGAUGUCAUUAUACCCAGAGCCACUGCCAACACUCACCCGGCUGCCAGCGGAAACUCCACACUGAGGGCUGAGGAUGCCUAUUCUGCACAGAACCGGCACAGUACAAAUAAUGGACAGACAAAUUCUUCCCCCUACAGUCAAUGGUGAGGACCAAUAUCUGCAGCCAACACAGCUGGACCCCCUGCUCCUCCCUACACGUACCGUGCAGUAUAGAAGGCUACACAGCGGACACUCUACUUACGGAGCAUCAUCCAUCAUAAUGGGGCACAAGCGUCAUUUGGAAAUGAUUAUGUCAUCGCAAGGUCAAAUUUAUCAAUUACUGGUUAACGUGGCGUUACAUAACACAACCACGUGCAAUUUUUUUUUUAUGCUUUAUUUGCACAAUCCUUUCCGAAAUUCAUACUGGAGGCGGCCAUUUUGUGCUUAGGUCUCAAAGAUAUCACUAGUUCCCUAGUGUAUAGAUAGACUUAAAGGGGUUAUCCAGGAAAAAACUUUUUCUUAUAUAUCAACUGGCUCCAGAAAGUUAAACAGAUUUGUAAAUUACA